AUUUGUGAGAUUUUAUCCAUUUCAAACAAAUAUACUAUUAGUUAGCAUAAUAUCUUUUGGGGCCAGUGGUGGGUCUUGAACUUUCAAUCCAAUAGGAAUGAAUGUAUGAUUUAAUUAUUUGGUCAAUGUUUAUGUUAGGAAACAUGAUCUUGACUAAAAAAGGGUUGUUUUGCAUGUGCAAGGCCACCAUCAUAAUCAUAAUUAUGUUAGAAAAAUAGUUAAAUUAUUUCAGGGAGUUAUUGGUAUAUAAUAAGGACCUUAUUUUUUUUAGUACAACAAAUAAUAUGGGUGGGAGAGUAAAACUUGGACAUCAUGAAAGGUAAUAGAUUCUUUUAUCUAUUAUCAAGUAUGAGUACAGUAUCUUUGUCCAUUAAGCCAAGCAACUAACAUAGAAAAGUCAAGCAACUAAUUUAAAAAGGACAAUGUCUUUUAUAUAAUAAAUAAUAUUUCUUAUAGUCUUAUUUAACGUCAAGUUUCCAUUGGUUGUACUAAUAUCAACACUUUCCAUUGGUUGGUUUUAUAUCAUAAAUUGUAAAAGAGCAAUGAAUUCCUGUGUGCAUCAUUUGGGCAGUGUAAGAGAAGGGGAAAAAAAGAAAAGAAAAAAGAGAGGAUAAAGUGAAUAAAAAUUUCUAAAAAAGGAUGUUUAGUAAUACCUUUUGAAAGAAGUGUUUUAGGGUGAAAUGUUUAUACAUAAGCAUUUUAAAGAAACAUAUGCGCUCUCAAAAUUUAUUACUUUUAAUUAGUGGAACACAUUUCUCUGCAAUUCUAUACAAAUACAAUACCCUAAAAAAAAUUUUUGUUCAUUGUUAAUCUUUUUACCACUUUUUAAAACCCUCAUUUUAUUUAUUAUAAUAAAGAAAGAUAAACAUCCCAAACAUAUUAAAACAAGUGUCCUAAAGGUUAUGCUAAGUUUGAAUUUGUAAGAAUAGAAUAGAAUAACAGGAAACUUCUUUCAUCCAUAGAAACAAACCAAUGUUAAUUGAGCUCAAAGAAAUUCCCCAAGCCUUAAAAGAAAGUUUCAAAGCCACGGAAUCAUAAAAAAGCAAAGUACAAUCCGGAUUAACAGAUUGGUAAAGAAUCUUUUACGCCAUUUUGAUCAAGAAAAGCUCAAAAUUGUCUUGAUUCUUCAUUCAUUUUCAAAACAACAAUUCAAUAGUGACAAGGUGCAGUCUAUGGUCCAAGAAACUAAACCACAUAUACGAGUUACGGUGUCGAGCAUUCGAAUUACUAUAGCCUACAUCGGCCAAUAAAGGAAGGACUUUUAUUUUUUUAAAAAACGACAGGACAUCGGAGGCAACCAAGCAAACUGAUUUUCCAAUGGCGAAUACAUCUUCGAAAACGGAUAAUUUGGGGCCAAUGUUUUUAAAAGUUGGCAUUCCUCUAGCUAUAUCUGCAGCAGGUGGAAUAUGUGCUAUAAUGAUGGCAAAAGGUUCAUUUCCAACUUCCUUAAAUCUCUUCAAACCCAAAUCAAAACUCAUGAAAAAUGAGAACUUUCACAGCCAUAAUCACUCUUCUUCAAUUUCUUUCGAGGAAGAAGAAAUUUUAGAAACUGAGGGAGAAAAACCCAAUGUUGAAGAAGUGAUUCUAAGCAUAAAGGGCAGAGUUGAAGAUCUUGAAAGGAAAGAAUUGGAUAUAGAGAGGCAGUUCAUUUGGUACCAAAAUUUAAAAGAAAGAGAAGCUUUGUUGGUGGAGCUGAAGAACACUUUGCUUUUGGAUAUAGCUCAUAUAAAUUUCUUGGAAAAAGAGAUUUUGUUAAUGGAAGAAGAAAACAAGAGGUUUGAGAGUUUGGUAACAGAAUAUUUGGGAGUUUCAGAGCAACUUGAAGGUCAAAAAACAGAAAACAAGUUACUUGAGAGAGAAGUAAAGAAACUUAAGAAGAGAUUGAAGGAUCAAUCAAAGAUUAUAAGAGAGAAGAAUUUGAAGAUCGAAGAUAGUAAAACACAACUUUGGAGAAACAAUGAAGAAAUGGAAACAAAGAAGAGGAUGAUAGAGAAAUUGGGGAAGGAAGUGAAGGAGCUGAAAAUGCAAAUGGAUCAAUUGCAAGAGGACAAGAACAAAGCUUUAUCCACAUCAAAGAUUGAAGAAGAAAAAUCAGUAACAAUGGAGGAUUUCAACAAGCUUUCAACUGAAUUGAAUCAGUUGAAAGAUGCAUUUGAGGUAUUUAAAAAGCAAGAACAAGAACAGCAAGGCCAGAAAGAAAAUCCUAAGGAAGGAGAGAGAAAUCACAAAGCUUUGGAUCAAAAUGAAUCAUCAUCUGAUAAAACUAACUCCACAAGGCCAAAGCUUCUUCAAAGGAUAAGCUGUGUUGGAGGAAAUGAAAAAAUGAAAAGAAAAAUAAGACCAGAAUAAGAGGAAAUAAUUUCUGUUUAGCUGCUUAAUUAUUACCUUUAACUGGAAAUUCUAUAAAUGCUAAUCCACAUAGUAGUUUGUAUUUGGGUAGAAAUGUAACUUCACUCCAUUUUAUGUGAAUUAUUUUCAGAAUUAUGACAUUCUGUGAGCCAUUAUUCUUAUGUAACAAAAUUGGUUUAUCUACUAUCAUUGUAUUAGUCCA